AUGGUCGCCCACAGGUUCCAUCAGUACCAGGUGGUGGGUCGCGCGCUGCCAACCCCCGCUGAUGAGCACCCCAAGAUCUACCGCAUGAAGCUCUGGGCUACCAACGAGGUCCGCUCCAAAUCCAAGUUCUGGUACUUUUUGAGGAAGCUCAAGAAGGUUAAGAAGAGCAACGGUCAGGUUCUCGCUAUCAACGAGAUCUUUGAGCGUAACCCUACCACAAUCAAGAACUAUGGCAUCUGGCUGCGUUACCAGAGCAGGACUGGGUACCACAACAUGUACAAGGAGUACCGUGAUACCACCCUGAAUGGUGCCGUGGAGCAGAUGUACAAUGAGAUGGCUUCCCGUCACCGCGUGAGGUCACCCUGCAUCCAGAUCAUUAAGACGGCAACAGUUGACUUCAAGCUCUGCAAGAGGGACAACACCAAGCAGUUCCACAAUUCAAAGAUUAAGUUUCCUUUGGUUUACCGCAAAGUCAGGCCUCCAACCAGGAAGCUGAAGACCACCUUCAAGGCUUCAAGGCCCAACCUGUUCAUGUGA